AUGGAAAAUCCAUUGGAGCUGGCAUUUCGUCAAGCCUAUGGUGAUAUAAUUGCAUACCAUUGGUUCGGUGAUGGAUACAUUAUGGUUGGAUUUUCAUGUGGUUACUUUGUUGUGAUUUCCACACAGUCAAGUGAAUUCGGAAAAGAGAUCUAUCAAAUUCGUGAUCAUAAAGAUAGUUUACAUGAUAUUUCAGUGUCUACGGUCUUAAAUCGAUGUGCAACUGUGGGAGAUCGUUGUGUCAAAAUCCAUGACCUCCAAAAUAUUCGUGAACUAACUGCAAUUAUUGAAUUGGAGCAACAAGAAGAAGAACUGAAUAGUUUAAAUAAUAAGAACAAUAAUAUGAGUACCGGAAGUAUUGACAAUAAUCUAUUGAAGUAUCAGUUACAAUGGUCAGAUGAUGGACAAUUAAUGGCUAUUUGUACACCACAAAAACUUUUACAUGUAUUUCUAAGUCAAUUACCAUUGUUAGCUUCAUUAGCUUCUCCAAAUAGUACAAAUCUAUUGGCAAGAUUAACUUCUUUGUUGGAGGUUACUGUGGAACCUAUUCCAAAUGCUAAGCAAAUAGCUGACUUACCUGAACUAUAUCGUUCAUCGUAUUUAUUAAAAAUUGAAACGGAACCAACGUUUAUUGGUCUUGGACAAAAAUAUCUAUCUGUAGGGAUAAAUAAUCAUGCUUGGUUUUAUGAAUUGACCAAAUCAGAAAUCGUGUUAAUAUCGGAAUACGAUUAUUUGACUACUGUGGAUCGAAUAAGCUUGAAUGAAAAUUAUGCUGCAGCUUGUGGACCAGAUGGAAAACUUACAUUACACUGGAUAAAUCCCAAAACGUUUCCUGACAAAUCAGAUAUGGCAAAAAGUCAAAAUAAAUUAAACAAAACUUUACGAAAUGAUGAUACCAACCAUUUAUCACAUGAAUCUUGUAUAUUUCCUCAGUCAAAUUCAUUUGAUUUAAAGAUUACAUCAUUUAAAUUAACUAAUGAUUUUCUAAUUUAUUCAACAAAUGCUAAUGGUCAACUCAUAGAAAUGCCAGAGUUUUGCCCCUCAAUAAAUAAUAUUUUAUGGGAUUUAGAAGAUACAGAGAAUCCUUUGUUAAUUGCUUACGACAAUUUACGAAUCAAUGUUUAUCGUUACUUUAUGAAUGAAUGUAUACUAAAUAACUUAUCAGUAAUAGCAUCAUCAAGAAAAGUUGAUGAUAUGUUGAAGAUGCCGACGAAGCAAAUUACUGAUAAAAUUCAAAACGAUUCCAUUCUCAUUACAAAUCGUAAUAAAAAUAUAAAUAAUGACACAAGUAGAAGCAACAGUUUAACAUCAACUAAAUUUAGUAAUGAUAAAGCUGAUUCUAACAAAUUGGCUACUGGAGCAAUAUUUAAUUCAACUUAUAGUACAUCAAUGAAAUAUGUUUCAAGUAAUCUACGUCUAUUAGAAUUGCCAUUGUCGCAUUAA